AGGGAAAGAAAUUGGAACACCUAUGGAAGAGAUCCGAGAGCGUCAGAGAUGGGUGAGCCGUACACAUACCGCGAGCACUUGAAGACGGUCGUCGUGGGGAACAGCACCGUGGGUAAAACAUGCCUGCUACUCGCGUACACCCUGAGUCACUUCCCCAUCGACGUCCCUCAGACUAAUUUCGAUAACUACUCGGUGUCCCUGGAGUUUGAAGGCCGAGAAGUUUCCAUGGCGCUGUUCGAUUCCGCAGGACAAGAAAUGUUCGAUCGCUUGAGAUCGCUCUCGUACCCGUCGACGAACGUGUUCCUGGUGUGCUUUUCGGUCGCGUGCCGAAAAAGUUUCAACGACGUCAAGGCUAAAUGGGUACCGGAAAUCCAACACUACAGCCCGGGGACGCCAUUCAUCCUGGUCGGCACGAAAGUCGAUCUGAGGCACGACAAGCCAACUCUGGAAACCUGCGAGAGGAACAGAACCAGGAUCGUUUCCCUUCAGGAAGGGGAGGGUCUCGCUGAGUCGAUCAACGCAGCAAAAUACGUGGAAACUUCUGCCUGUCUCAUGUACAACGUGAAGGAAGUGAUCGAGGAAGCUCUCGUGGUGGGGCUCACGCCGUGCGCUGAUCCCGAGCUGAAUCAGUGCUGCCGCAUCCUCUGAAUCCACGUUCAAACAAUCGGAGAUCAUGAUGCAGGAAAAGAAUCGGAGCUCCGAGAGCGGCACGUCGCAAAUGGAAUCGAUAGACAGAUGGGAGGCGGCUCCAGAAUCAACGUGAUCUUCAAUUCUACAGCGGUGCGUAUGAGGGAGAAUCGUCCGAAUGUGCCGAACCGUUGGGGCUCGGGUCGUUCCUCGAACCGUUCGGUCGAGGCUCAGCUGUGUCUCUUGAGCUCGAACUUCCAAGCAGGAGGGACGUCCUUGGUUUGGUGACGACUGAUCAUUAAUUGGAGUACGCACGGUCAGCAGAUUCGUUUA